UUCUCAUCGUUUAGUUUCUAAGAUGGCGGACCGGCGGCGGAGGAGGCGGCGAGUUUCUCAGGACAGCGAAGACGACGAUGAGUCCAGUUCUGGCUCGGACAGCGGGAGGUCGGGUUCCCCGGCGGCGAAAGGUAGAGGCAAAGAGCCGGACCCGGUGGAAGCGACAGAGAGCCGGCCCGAGGCGAAGAGCGACGUGGAGUCCGAGUGUGAGAGUGAAGAUGGAGUAGGAGAUGCUGUCCUGUCUGACUAUGACAGUGCUGAUCCAGAGGAAAAUGUUUCCCAUUCAGAGGCAGGAGAGGAGGAGGAAGAAGCAGCCCAGUACAGUGAGGAAGAGGCUCCAGCAGCAGCCAGUGAGGCCAAGUCCUCUGCUGCUGAUGGUCUGACCCUGGGUGAAGAACCAGAGAAUAAAGAGGAGGCAGACACAAGGGGAGGAGGACAAGGUAAAGAAGAGUGCAAAGGGGAGGAGAAAGGAACCUUAGCUGGAGAGAGACAAAGUGGAGAUGGACAGGAAUCAACAGAUGAUCCUGAAACGAAAUCUGGAGGAAAACCCAGCCAGCAGCUCGAUGAUGAUGAGGACAGGAAGAACCCGGCAUACAUCCCCAGGAAGGGCCUGUUCUUUGAACAUGAUGUCAGAGGACACAUUCAAGAAGAAGAGAGACCAAAAGGUCGGAAUAGGAAGCUAUGGAAGGAUGAGGGUCGCUGGGAGCACGACAAGUUCAGGGAGGACGAACAGGCCCCCAAAAGCCGGGAGGAGCUUAUUGCCAUAUAUGGCUAUGACAUACGCAACGGGUGCAGCCCGGGAGAGCGGCUGUACAAGCAGCGCCGAUCCAGGCAGAGUACAUCUCCCAACAGGGAGAAGAGAUGGAGAGAAGGAGGAGAGCGCUCCCUUUGCUCCUGGAAAAGUGGGGCAGGUGGAAAAGUUCCUGUCCAUUCAGGAGCUGCACCUUCCACAUCAAGCCACACCUCCUUUUCUCUUCCUCCAUCCUCUACCCAGCGCAACAUCUCCAGACCGCCUCCCUCCCGCAGCAGACCAGCUCACCAGAGUCAAAUGCACCUCCCAGCACAGACGCAUUACAGGAAUGACAACUCAAACGUGCCACUGCAUCCCAGAGAGCGACAUGGCCCGAAGGCUUCAUCAGAAGCUACAGGAGAGAGGGGUGUGGUCAGUAGGGGAGGCUGUGGUGGCGGAAGGGGAGGCUCAUCUGUCAAUAUUGAGGACGUUACUAUUGACCAAGACGGUGCUCCUGAAGAAGAGCCUGGCGUCUGUGUCAAAACAGCUGUGACAUCUUCACAGCAAGGUAGUUACCAGUCAACAUCACCAAGACAACAACGGCAAGAGCGACGAGGCAGCACCGACAGAUCGGUGUCUGGAUCAACUGCCAACUCAUCCAGCUCUGACCCCGUGGUCCAGUCAUCAGCAGUGGUUAUGAUCAAUCAGGAAAUCUCCCCUCCCACCGAGCGUCCGGUGGAGCGCAAAUCUUACUCGCUGGCGCGCAGAACUCGCUCUCGCCCUGCAGAUCUGGGCAGUAAGCAGCCAUCUUUAGAUGAGUCAGCCACCGGGGGGAGCAGUAUAUCCCCCAGCAGUGUUAGAGGGAAAGGAUGGGUGGGAGGGGCUGAGUGGCCAAGCCAUGCAGGAGGAGCAGCAGCACUGCCUGGAAUCGACCAGGACAUGGCCCGUCUGAGUCUGGCCGGACAGAACUGGAGCCAGACUCAGACGUCGUACAUGCGAUCGGAGAUGAGAGGCAUCCCCGCCCCCAUGCACAUCUCUGCUGCACCACCACAGUUCUCCAGCGUGGAUGAGAUGGGAGUUGGUUCUAACCGGGCCAAACGAUAUUCUUCACAGCGUCAGAGAGCUGUGCCUGAGCCAGCUCCACCCAUGCACCUGGGGGUAAUGGAAGGACACUACUAUGAGCCCAUGUCAUACCAGGGACCAGUUUACACCCACGGCGAAGGCCCCACCCCCAUUCCACCACAGGGCAUGCUGGUUCAGCCAGAGAUGCACAUUGCCCACCCGGGUCUCCAUCCCCACCAAUCAGGUGGCCCGAUCGCUAACCCUGCCCUUUAUGGACCCCCACCUGUCUCCCUGUCACCAGGGCAACCGCAGCAACUGUUGGCACCGCCGUUCUACCCUCCUCCAGGUGUCAUGACCUUCCCCUAUCCAGCCAUGUAUCCGAGUCCACAGGGUCAGUCCCAGGUGACGUACGGCGGUGUGACCUACUACGACACUGUGCAGCAGCAGGCUCAACCAAAGCCUUCACCCCCACGCCGUACAUCCCAGCCCGUCACAGUUAAGCCCCCGCCUCCAGAGGUGCCCUUUGCCUCCGAGUGACCUUGCCCCCAACCGUCCCCAUCACCCAGUCACAGCAUCACUCUGAGCUGCUGAUCACAGGAGUGGGGUGGGAGGGUUGAUGAGGAGCUGUGGUCCCAGCCAUCACCAUCGCCGAGAGGGAGGCGGCGUCUCCUGGUGACCAAAACACCGCUGGUGGAUUAUUACUUUUUUCUUUUCUUUUCCCUUCUCGACCUUCCAGCAUUCAUCGGGGCGAUCAUGUUGGCAGCGCAUCGAACUCUGUGGCAUUGUUGUUUCUGAUGGGUUUGAUCUCAUCCAACCUGAACCUGGUCCUGCUUCCCGGCUGAUUCUGGAUUCUGAGCAGAGUCGCUGGAAAGAACCAGUGUGAAAAUCCACUGUAAUGUUAGUGUUGGCUUAAUUGUUGAGUAUUAAGAUGGUUUUUGUUCUUUUCACAGACUGCGUGAAACGGGUGCUGUGGAUGCUGUUUCUGUUCUGAGUUUAUGUAACAUGAGCUCGUAUUCCUUUUAGAAAACAUGAAGUUCACUUUUUUCAUUUUCGCCAUCCUGUGUAGCUUUACUGUUAAUAUCAGCACAAAAUGUUUAUCCGUGAAAUAAACAGAUUCUAAA